AAGUGCAUUUUUGCACAUUAGAAAAAAUAAUAAUGCUUUGUUUAGCUGCUCAAAGCUAAUCAAAGCAACCACAAAUAAUGGCCACAUCCAAAAAUAAGAAAUCAACCAACACUCCCCAAUCGCCCCAAGGAGUAAAAUUUACCCGCAGGACAGCAAGUGGUCGUAUCGUGAGCUUGUCCAGGGACGACGACGUCGAUAUGUCCGGUGAUCAGUCGAGCCAGAACGAUUACAUAAAUUACACCGUUAUGAUGCCACCUACGCCUGAUAACCAACCGUCAACGGGCUCUCAAGGUGGCGGCAAUGAUGGUUCGAAAGCGGAUAAAAGGGUGUCAGUGAUGAAAUCGGUGAACAAUAAGUCCAUGUUGUUAAGGAGCCAGACGGGUGAUUUUGAUCAUAAUCGUUGGUUGUUUGAGUCGAAGGCCAAGUAUGGGAUCGGUAGUGCGUUUUGGCAAGACAACGAUGAUCAAUACGGUACCAAUGGGGGUGUGACAAUGUCGGAUUUCAUGGAUAAGCCGUGGAAGCCAUUAACGAGGAAGAUCCCGAUUAAGUCUAGUAUUCUUAGCCCUUAUAGGUUUUUGAUAUUGCUACGUUUGAUUAUUCUAUUUUUCUUCCUUAGUUGGCGCUGGCGUAACCCAAACCCUGAUGCGAUGUGGCUGUGGGGCAUUUCAUGUGUGUGCGAGUCGUGGUUCGCAUUCUCUUGGCUAUUGGACAGUCUUCCAAAGUUGAAUCCUAUCAAUCGGUCAACUGAUCUCGUCGCGCUACAUGAGAAAUUCGAGCAGGUCUCGCCAUCGAAUCCGACCGGUCGAUCGGAUCUUCCUGGUGUUGAUGUGUUUGUCUCAACGGCCGAUCCCGACAAGGAGCCUCCACUCGUCACUGCCAACACCAUCCUAUCCAUCAUGGCUGCUAAUUACCCUGUUGAGAAACUCUCUGCCUAUAUUUCAGAUGAUGGUGGUGCCAUCCUUACAUUUGAGGCCAUGGCCGAGGCUGUCCGUUUUGCUGAGGUGUGGGUACCGUUUUGUCGGAAACACGACAUUGAACCUAGGAACCCCGACAGCUAUUUCAACUUGAAAACCGAUCCGACAAAGAACAAGAAACGACCUGAUUUCGUGAAGGAUCGACGGUGGAUAAAGAGAGAGUACGACGAGUUCAAGGUAAGGAUCAAUGGUCUUCCGGAGACUAUACGUAAAAGAUGUGACAUCCACAACAAGAGAGAGGCAAUAAAGGAGAAAAGUCUUGCCAAAGAAAAGAACGGCGGGUCGUUGCCACCGGAUUUUCAAGUCGAGAAGGCGACAUGGAUGGCCGACGGAACACAUUGGCCGGGGACAUGGCUCAGUCCAAUUGCCGACCAUUCCAAAGGCGACCAUGCCGGAAUCUUACAGGUGAUGAGUAAAUUCCCAGAACCAGAUCCAGUGAUGGGUUACCCAGAUGAGAAAAAACUAGACUUCUCAGGGGUUGACAUAAGGCUGCCCAUGUUCGCCUAUGUUUCAAGGGAGAAACGUCCAGGUUUUGACCACAACAAGAAGGCUGGAGCCAUGAAUGGCAUGGUUAGAGCUUCUGCAAUAUUGUCCAAUGGACCCUUUAUACUCAACUUGGAUUGUGACCAUUACUUCUAUAAUUCCAUGGCCAUCAAGGAAGGGAUUUGCUUCAUGAUGGAUCGCGGCGGCGAUCGGAUUUGUUACAUUCAGUUCCCACAACGAUUCGAAGGGAUCGAUCCAUCGGAUCGAUAUGCCAAUCAUAACACCGUCUUCUUUGAUGGAAGUAUGAGAGCCCUUGACGGUCUUCAAGGGCCGGUGUACGUCGGAACUGGAUGUAUGUUCCGACGUUAUGCACUCUAUGGAUUCCAUCCACCGAGAGCGAACGAGUAUACAGGUGUGUUCGGACAGAAUAAGUCACCGGUUGAUAAUAUUCAAACAAAGCCUGGGCCGGUAGAUGAUGAGUCACAGCCCUUAAAUGUGCAUCCGGACUUGGACGUUCCGAAGAGAUUCGGCGAGUCAAUAUUGUUCACCGAGAGCAUACCCGUGGCGGAGUACCAAGGACGUCCUCUUGCUGAUCACAUGUCGGUAAAGAAUGGUCGACCACCCGGUGCAUUGCUGACACCUCGACAACCGCUUGACGCUCCCACGGUUGCCGAGGCCGUCGCUGUCAUUUCCUGUUGGUACGAAGAUAACACUGAUUGGGGUGGCAAAAUAGGUUGGAUUUACGGUUCUGUCACAGAGGAUGUGGUGACGGGUUAUAGAAUGCACAAUCGUGGAUGGCGGUCGGUAUAUUGCGUCACGAAACGCGAUGCAUUCAGAGGAACUGCACCGAUCAACCUCACUGAUAGGCUUCACCAAGUGUUGAGAUGGGCCACGGGUUCGGUCGAAAUCUUUUUUUCAAGGAACAAUCCAUUAUUUGCAACUCGACGGCUCAAAUUCCUACAACGAAUUGCAUAUCUAAACGUCGGAUUCUACCCUUUCACCUCCAUUUUCUUGGUCAUUUACUGCUUCUUGCCGGCGCUUUCCCUCUUCUCCGGCCAGUUCAUUGUCCAAGGCCUGAAUAUCUCAUUCCUUAUGUAUCUCCUCGUCAUCACUUUAACCCUUUGUUGUAUUUCAAUUCUUGAAGUGCGGUGGUCUGGUAUCAGCCUCGAGGAAUUUUGGAGGAACGAACAAUUCUGGGUCAUCGGCGGCUCGAGUGCUCACUUAGUUGCCGUCAUCCAAGGUCUCCUCAAAGUCUUCGCCGGCAUCGAAAUCUCCUUCACAUUGACAUCCAAAUCAGCCGGAGAAGACGAAGACGACAUCUACGCCGAGCUUUACCUCGUCAAAUGGACCAGUCUCUUCAUAGUUCCAUUAACGAUCAUAAUCGUGACACUACUCGCCAUCGUGAUCGGAGUGUCGAGAACCAUAUACUCCGUCAUACCGCAAUGGACUCAACUGUUCGGAGGAUUGUUCUUCGCAUUCUGGGUUUUGUGCCAUAUGUACCCGUUCGUUAAAGGGUUAAUGGGACGACGAGGAAGAGUGCCGACGAUCAUAUACGUCUGGGCUGGCCUUUUGUCCAUUGUCAUAUCUUUGCUUUACGUGACGAUCAGUCCACCAGAUGGAGUCAACCAAAAUGGACUAGAUCUCAAUUCCAAUUGGUAAAAAUGGAUGGAAGAAUAAAAUUAUGGCCUUUUGCAACUUUAUUUUAAUGUUUAUAUUGUUAAUUGUCGACUGGAUCAACGUUGAAUGUACGAGAACCAGUGUUAGCUUCGAGCUUCAACAAUGGCGGACAUUGUACAUUUUUUUCUUUUACAUUUUUGGUAAAUGUUAAGGGCGACAAAUAUCAAUGUGUUUAGCAUUGGAAAACCCCUUUUUGAUAUCAAUGUGUAAUUUGGAAAGCGAGUUAUAGA